AUGAAGAAGACGCUUCUGCUGUGCUUCAUCCACGGCUUCAAGGGGGGCGACGACACAUUCGGAGGCUUCCCCGAGCAUCUGCGGGCUCUGGUCAGUCAUGCCUUGCCCAAAGUCGAUGUCCGCGCCAUCGUGUACCCGAAAUUCGAGACGAGAGGAGAUCUGGCAGAAUGUGUGAGCAGAUUCAAAGACUGGCUCCUCGAGAAAGUCAUCGACAUUGAAGUCGCCUCUUCAACUCCCUCCCCGACCAUCGAUCCCUCGGUCCACACAAUCCUAAUCGGACACUCCAUGGGCGGCAUAGUCGCCGCAGAUACCCUCCUCUCUAUAACCUACGACCUCGCCAUUUCGCGGCCGUCAUCCUCUUCUCCUUCAAAACCCAAAGACCCCUCCUCAAUCAACUCCCUUAUGUUCCCCUACAUCUCCGGCGUCUUAGCCUUCGACACCCCGUACCUAGGAAUAUCCCCUGGUGUCGUAGCCCAUGGCGCAGAAGGCCACUACAACACCGCUUCAUCUGCUCUAACACAACUAUCUAGUCUGACGGGAGCAAUAUGGGGAUCCAAAGCCGCAAGCGAAGUCAACAAAGAAGACAAAGUCAAGAAAGAACCUCUCGCCUCCCUCCCUCCCCCAUCUGCUACUUCCUCCUCCGCAACACCAGCAGCACAAGUCGUCCCUGCCUGGCAAAAGUGGGGGAAACUCGCCGCUCUCGCCGGAGCAGGCGCAGCAGUCGCAGGCGGCGCCGCAGCUGCGUAUCUAAAGCGGGACCAGAUCACAGCUGGCUGGUCGUGGGUCGGAUCCCAUCUCGAGUUCGUGGGCUGCCUGAUGAAAGGGGAAGAGUUGCGUACCCGGGUCUCCUCGCUCGUGACUCUGAACCGCGAGCUCGGGGUCGGCUGGGCGAACAUAUACACGCGGCUCGGCAGCAAGGCGCUGAGUAAGAGCGACGGUACGACCCUGGUCGGCAGCGUGGUCGGUCACCAGAGAACCUUCUGCAACCUGCCGAGCGGGAGGGACGAGAAGGUGGGUGGGCGCGAUUUCUGGAGGGAGGCGGUUAACGAUGCAGCGGGUGACGAGACCGGGGCGCAUAUUAGCAUGUUCUUCCCCAAGGACAAUCCCGGGUACUACGCCCUCUCCGAGAACGCAAAAUCGCUCAUCGCGGAUUGGACCACGAAUGAGUGGUACGAGUCCAGCACCGGCGACCUGGACAUGUCUGGUAUCGGGCCUGAGCCCGAGCCUGAGCCUGAAUCUGAGUCUGAACACAAGGCCGAGCAUAUGGAAUUGUAA